AUGUCUGACCCCGCCGCAGAAGUCGCAGCGUCUCGGGACGACGGCAAGGUGCACCUCUUACUUUGCGCCUCAGGCUCAGUAGCAACCAUAAAGAUUCCAAAUAUCAUCGAAGCGCUCGGAAAACAUGAAAAUCUCUCCAUCAGACUCAUCCUCACUGCUUCCGCGGCACAGUUCUUGACCGGCAAUACGGAAGAGCAGCCGUCACUAGCCACGAUCCGCAAGAUGAAGAACGUAGACGGAAUUCAUCUUGAUGAACAGGAAUGGGUUUCUCCAUGGAGACGCGGCGCUAGCAUAUUGCACAUCGAGUUAAGGCGCUGGGCGGACAUGAUGCUCAUCGCACCGUUGAGCGCGAAUACCCUCGCCAAGAUUGUGAACGGCUUUUCGGACAAGUAG